AUGAAGCUCCUUCUCAUUUGUUCCAUCUGGAACAGCCUAGCUGCUGCCUCUGUCUACAAAGGCUGCAAACAGGAUACCUGCGUGAAAGCGGCUAUAGGAUCCUACCAGUACCCUAAUCUAGACGCUUGCGAGUCAUUUUUGUCGAUGACCGUUGUACCUGCUACCGCUACCAUCCACAAGGUCAAGACUGUCAGGGUAGUUCCUGUCGGGGUCAAACGUGCAACGAAGACCGCCACCGUCUUCGUAACAGCAACACAGAUCGAGUCCGUGGUCAAGACAGACUUUGCGGACCAGACAGCCACUGAAGUCGACGAAGAGACUGCCAAAGUAACAAAGGUUACGACAGUUACCGCAACUCGCCCCGUCGUGGCCCCUUUCAAACGAGCAGUUAAUCAGCGCCCAACAACCAUCAAACCAACCAACAUUCCGGCACCGGCCAAGAAAGCUUGUACCGACUCCACUCAAUAUUCAUCUGCCUGUAGCUGUAUCGGAGUUAAGCCACAUACCACAACCCUGAAAAGACAGACAGUGUACUCGACACGAACUACAACUAGAAGGCUUCCUAUCAGCACGGUAACCAAGAUUGUUGCCACUGUGACCAAGCAGAAAACAAGAGAGACUGUAUUUGUCACCGAGACUUACUCAACUACGACUGUCACUAGAGUCGUUGACACGGUCACUGUAGAGGAAGAUGUUACUCAAACUGUCCAAGCAACAGAGACUCACGUUGUUGAUCCUCCCCUGGAAACCAUCCGGCUCUUUGCACAAGACAGCCAAGACCCAAGCCUUGCAGGCGGCGGCAUUGGAUAUGUUAGUCUUGAAUCUUUUCGAGGCAGUACUUCUGUCUACUACAUCAAGUUCGGCCUUGACUCAACUCAAAAUGUUCUAUUUGGUAUCAGUCCAAACACGGGCAAGAUACAGGCCGUCUCAGGCCCCGGAAACGCAGCUGGAGAAGCCGUCUUUUAUUCUAACGCAGCUGCCGCCUCUUACCUAAACGUCAGCCCCGGGGACUUUGCUGCCAAUCAAGGAGGUACCCUAGUCAUUUGUAAGAUUGUCACCGACAACAACAACAAGUUGGUAUGCAAAUGGGGGGACAACCAAAUCGCCGAACUAUGGACCUGCCGUGGGAGAUUGAAUUUCGUACAACCUGGAUUUGACUUUACAAAUGAAUGCGCCGACGCAGAUACUUCUUAUAAGAUUAAUGUUUUUGCGCAGUUUACCUGA